GGGUGGGGACAUAGGCCCACAACUUGUCUCCCUGCUGGGGCUGUGUUUUGACCCGCUCUGUCGUCCUCCUCUCAGGGUGGUAGACAACGAGGGGACCCUGCAGCUGAAGAGAAGCUUCCCCAUCGAGCAGAGCUCACAUCCUGUGCGCAGCAUCUUCUGUCCCCUCAUGUCCUUCCGCCAGGGGGCCUGCGUGGUGACGGGCAGUGAGGACAUGUGCGUGCACUUCUUUGAUGUGGAGCGGGCGGCCAAGGCUGCCGUCAACAAGCUGCAGGGCCACAGUGCACCUGUGCUUGAUGUCAGCUUCAACUGCGACGAGAGCCUACUGGCCUCCAGUGACGCCAGCGGCAUGGUCAUCGUCUGGAGGCGGGAGCAGAAGUAGGGUCCUGUCAGCCCUGCUGCUGUCCUCCAUCCCACCCCUCUUACUCCAGCCUCGUGUUGUAAAUAAAGUUUCGGUGGUCAUGCUGAGGACCAGCUCCCAACUCUGCCGGGGACGGGCAGGGCAGCGGGCAGCUCCAGGAACACGGUGGAACGGGG